UGGUUUUCCCCGCUUGCUCGUUUUCUCUCGUGAGCGACGGAGAUGUGGUUUUCCCCGCUUGCUCGUUUUAUCUCGUGAGCGACCGGACCGCGCCGGACUGACCGGACCCAGAGACUGCCCGGCAGGCUGGCCCUGGUCAGCAGCAGCAGCAGCGGUUGCAUGGAAACAAUGAUUGGGUGAUGGCGCCCGAGGGUUAGAGCCCGAAUCCAUGUCACCGUGCAAGUAGUUAAUGUCGCCCGACGAAAGCCGCAAGAAAAAAUCGCAACAGGAAUUGAAUCCCGCAAGCGGAGGUGGAUGUUGUGUGGGAAUCUGUGGUUGAGGGAACUGUUGGCCGGUGCCGCCCCUUUCUCUCGUGGGCUUGGAUUGGAAUCGAAGCGCUUUGUCGGAGCAAUAAAAAACGUCUAGUCUUUUGUCGACAGUUUUUCUCGAGGUGCUGGGCAUUGAAGGUGGGAGGAAGGUCGAGGAGCAUAUUAGUAUUCUGUUUUAGCCGUCUCUGUCAAGAUGAGCAGGGAACUGUUGCACCUGCCGCGGGCCUUCGACAAGCACAUUGCCGGUGUAGGACUGUCAGGAAAGGGAGUGAUUCAGAGUGUACGUUGUGAAAAAAAUGUGCUUCGUGCGGUUCCAUCACGCCAUCAAGGUUUCGUCGUACCGGCAUCGGGAAUGCGACUCACCGUGUCCUCAUCUUUCUCUGGAGAGCGGAGUAGAAAUGCAGCAUUCUCGGUUGCUGCGCUUUCAUUCACCAGGCACUCAAGUGUAGCAGUAUUUCCAGGUUCAGUUCACCGCGGUCUUGAAUUGUUGGGGAAGAGGAAGCAAUGCAGGUGCAUAUCCGAAAUGCCUACUGAAGGAGAAGCCUCGUCUAUUGAACUCUCGACCUCAUCCGGUGGAGACUAUAAUGAAGAAGAAGAAAGCCUGGAGUUAAGAGCUGAUCAGCCUUUUUUCCAGGAUGUCCAAAUUGACCUGAAUUUGCCUAGAAGACGGAUGUUAGUUGAGUUCACCUGCAACGUGUGUAAUACACGAACUCAGCGGCUUAUCAAUCCCGAGGCUUACAAACGUGGCACGGUUUUCGUACAGUGCGCUGGAUGUGAGGCCUAUCAUCAGCUGGUAGAUAAUUUGAACCUCAUACAGGAGUAUGACUUCAGAAAAGAUACUGGUACGGAUGAAUCAUAGAGUGGUUUAAUCUCCUAUGAAGAAAAGUUUUGUUUUAAUGGGGUAAUUUAUGAGCCAGAUUGCGCUGUCAUAUCAGAGACGGUGUCGAACGAAAUUGUUUGUAAUAACAGUUCUUUGUUACUGAAGGAAGAAGUAUCCGCUUACUACAUGGAUGUUAAUUUGUGCAUGCCACCCAUUGGCCAAAUGACAGUUUUUUGCUUCAAGAAUGCAUCAUUUACUCUUGAAAUGUACACGUUC